AUGGUGAAAAACGUUUCCGUCACCUCGCAUGCCGGUUAGUUUUUUUUUUAUCGCACUUGAUUGUUUUAGUCCCAAAGCAAUACCUGAAAGAGCGUAUGAAACGACAUUUCCGUGAAGUUGGUGGCUUCAAGUGUAUACAAAAUGCGGUUAAUUCAUUCGUGCCCUCUUUUAUAAGUAAGUUGCUCCUCUCACGAAUCUGUAGUCUGUCAAGAUGACAAACAAGUCCGAUUAUUUUUCCAUGACUGGUCCUCUGGAAAACUAAUGAUUUCUGAGGCUGCAAAACGCCUCGCUGCAUCUAAGGAGCCGAUUUCUAUGAAGUCCCUUCAUAGAGCAGUUUAUGGUAGUCUUACCUUCUACUUACUCCUUCUUAAGACGUCUCAAGCGUUGAUGCUGUCCCAUUAACCAUAAUUUUUGGGAUUCCCCAUGUUUUCGGUGGUCUCUUACCAUGGCAAUCAACAUCAACUGAAAUACUGUAAGUUUGCUUUAGGAUAACGGCUUUUCUUAUUCUUUUUUAAACUGCUGAUCGUUCCAGUCGCCGUAAUUACAACACAUUUCCAGCCUUGGUAUUUUAAAGACUAGGCUUGCCUCGUAGUUCACCAGACCGUUUGCUAUUUCUCUAAUAUCCAACCUAUACAUUUUUGCCGAAUACGAAUUGAUUCACUAACACGACAUUAAAACAGAUUGUUUAUAUUUAUUUCUAUAGUUCAAGGUGACGAAGGCAGGAUCUGAUCUGUUCACCAGUUUAGACUAUAAAUGUUUUUCAUAGUGCACUUGAUUCGGUUGACAGCCAUAAAGACGUCGGCGCGUACACCUCUACUUAGCGCUAAGCUUCCAUUCUCAUCCAGGCAAAUGAUCCCCAGGUUAGCUCUUCAGCGUCUGCAGCCGCGGACAGGAUUGUGGCCUACUAGUUUUGACUGAUAAACGGUUACUGGCCAUUUCCGUUUCGCCCACUUACUCAUCGUAAUCCCGUUUCCCAGUUGCCAUAUCAUCUAGCUGACCUUAUAGGUCAUAUUUAACAUAAAGCCAUGAGCACUUUUGAGACAAAAGUCAGAUUUUUGCGAGUUUGAAUAAGGUGACCGAUUCAUUUAUGAGAGUCGGCGGUCUCAGUGGUAUCCGGAUCCGCGGAAUAAAGCACAACCGUUUAGUACAACCACCGCGCCACCCAUCUGAACUUCAAAGUCUUGACUGAGUUUUGGGUUUUCGCAGUCGAAUCAUUUAAGUUAUUCAAAUUUGACCAAAGCCUAUGCCAAAGAAUGAGUCUUGUAGUCAUCCAGUAGAUUAUAGAUGGAUUAGUUAGGACAAUUCACUACAGCAGUUGACCUACUGCAUUAAAAUUUGUGGAUUCCAUGCGUUCCCGGUCGGGCAUGUAUCUUAACCCAACUUCUAAUUAUUAUUUUUAAUUCCUCCUAAUAAUGGAUUUGAGCGGGUAGCUUGUAUCUUUUCCCAAACGAGCCUUCUGAUCUGAGAUCUCAGCAAGUGCACAUUUACUGAAACUCGCCUUUACUAAGGCAACAAUAAAAAGUGAAAUUCGUCAUAAUUUACGAGCGUACUAUAUGGCAGUGUUUAAGUCAGGGAUCAAUAUAUAUAGUAAGCAUGAGUGCAGACCGGUCUUACUGAUAUCGCAGAGAAAGCUGGUCGUGUCUUCUGGUGGUAGAUGUCGCGAACUAUAGUGAUCUUUUUAAUCUCAGAAAUUACUGCGCUAACUUUGAGUAUCUCCUUCAGAAUGAAGCUUCAUAGGCUCAGUCGGAAAGUCGGUUUGAAUAUUUGAGCCGAAAUCUAUCAGGUCAAGGGAGACAAGCGCGUAAACUGUCAACAGGCACCAGUAGUAUGCAAAUUUUGCAUUAUUUACCAUACUGACGGUAUUAGCCAAAGCCGGCGAACCUGUUAUGCCGAUUUUUUGCUAGUAUCUGUGGUGUAGUAUGGUAAAUCGUGCAACAUUUGUGUACACCUGACCUUCCGUAAACAGUUUAUGAAUAUUACGCAGUUAUUUGACCUAAGCUGAUAAAUUUCGGCCCGAAUAUUCAUAUUGACUUUCAGGUUGAGGCGAUUAAGCUCCAUUCGGAAGAAUUAACUCCAAGCUAGGGCAUUAAUUUCUGAGGAGACUAAAAUCUCCAAAUCCCAAACUGAAGUAUCUACCAGAGUGCGCACGAGGAGCUCUGGAGGACUCACUGAUCAGCCAAAUCACUCUCACCUAGGUCAUGCAGUGGCAGAAUAUUGGCGAAACACGUGUCUUGGCUUCCGGGUUGUGUCCAUGCUGUCACUAUGGUAAAUUAUUCAGCAUAUAACAACCUAUUCGGUUAUAAAUAGGCUAAUGCCAAAGUACUGGAGUUUUGACUGUCAACGCAAUGGACAAUGAAACAGCAGCACCUCCGGUUAUAUCCAUGCCUUCAUUGGCCCGAAAGGUGAGGAUCGGGUGAAGACCCCCAAGCGUCUGCGGCAUACAAAGAAUACCUACUACACUUAUUUAAGUGGGUUUUAGUCCAAAACGAUUAUUUCGGUUUGGUGUUUCAUCGUACAAGGUUGGGUCGUCUGUUGUAGACGGUCUCGUACGUUAUCUACAAUGACCUCAGCUCAGAGAGUCGAGAAGCGAUCGUUGUAGACAGUCUGGUGGAUUUUCUACAAUGACCUCAGCUCAGAGAGUUGAGAAGCAAUCGUUGUAGACACUUAAUGUUUAUUUUUCUAAUUGUCCUGCUUAAUUUCGGUUGCUGUAUGUCAAUGCACUAAAACAUUUCCGCCCGGAGAACGAAUUUACCAAUUAUCUAUACUUAUUUUGCCAUUCCUCUAUGUAUGCAUAGGCCCCGCCCCUGAAACCCCUAUUACCACUUUUUCCCGUAAGACAGGCACCUUUGGCAGGUCGUGUGUUUGAGGUCCUUCACCCAAUCGUUGCCGCCCGAAAUAACGCAGACCAACACUUGCGACCACAUGUAAAUCUGGUGAACACAGCGCUUUUUUGCACGACGAGAAGAGUCACUUCCUAGGUACUGCUUUCGGCGUCCUUCUGGGAUAAGAUCUCACAGAAACUAUUCAGUUAGGCGAUAAGCAGGAUCAUUCGACGCACCCCAGCAGACAACCUCAGCGUUAGAGUAAGUCGUAAUCCGUUCAUCACGAAUACGCUCUACCCUGAUGACAUUGUAGUGCCUGCAAGAUUCGUUGAAGAAGCAACUUAUUCGAUCCCACAUAGGCUCGAAUACAGCCAAACGUGGCUAGGUAACCUCCUCCAAUACCAAGGCUAUCACAUUCUGGGUUUCGCAGUCAAAAUACUUGCUCGGUGACGGUGGACGGUUAAAUCCGCAGGUUAGUGCAAAGAUUCUGUUAUCUUGGGUCGAAACUGUCAAAUAGGCAAGGCAGGGGUAAAGUCGGCUAUCGAAUCAAUCACACGUGCGAAUUUUUAGCCCAACUCUUUUGAAACAUGUGGAACCAGCGUGAGACCAGUCAGGUGGCCGAAAUGCGAGUGUACGGCAUUCGUAAAGACGAUACUUCUAUACGAAUGUGAGACAUAGCCGGUGGGUCCAUCGGUGAUUAUUGCCUUCUGUCCUCGGAAUUCGUUCCUCCGAUCGCCUCCUCGGCGAAUGUUUGCAUAAUCGGUUAGAAACAACCAGUCAACUUCACCCUUACUAGUUGGCUAAAAUGGUUCGAUGGUGCGUUGCAUCGACCCAAGGGCGAGGUCCUCAGAGAUGACAUCCUCUUAUCCCGGCCCUGUUUGGAAACAUGGGUGACCGUGAAGGCUGAUCCCUAGCCCAUUUCUGGUCCCGCGGUGCCACCUACCAACCAAUUCAACUUUGUUACGGAGUCUGCCACCGACCAACCGUAAUUGAAGACGAUCAUUCACGUCGUGAACCUGCAACCUGGGAGCGGCUGUGUCAAUUAUAAUAAAUGCCCUUAGAAGUACGAGUAAUUUUCUUGAUUAGCUAAGCACUGUGUUGUGGGCUUCAUCGGCCUCAGUUUGAGCGGGUUGAGCAUUGUCGCAAUUGUUUCUGGAAGGCCAGUUUCAUCUAGGGGUUGGGAGUAGGCCUGUAUUAGCCAUUUCGGAUCUGAGAUGCGGUCAAAGUGGAUGCUUUUUGCACAUCUGACGAUGGUCUGUGACUGCACACACGCCAGACGCAGAGGCCCGUUCAUGUGGUAGUCAUUAACUAGGCCCUGAUUUUCUAAAGAUUAAAGAGCUGGACUCCCCUAAUGACUGUUGAUGGAUAGUUCAAAAUAGCGAAAACAUCACAACAUACAUUUUGUUCACCCUAUCAGUAAUAAAUGACCUCGCUUUACCAAGAACAGCUAUCUUUUCCAGACUAAGUCGGAUAAUCAGGAUCGGACUGCCCUUCAUCCUGCCAUUUCCUGUCCUGAUGCCAAAUACCUGUAGGCCAAUUAGGAACUCAUAAUAAGUUGAAAUGUCUUCGAGUUAGGUUGCAGUGCUGGUAGAUUUUCUACCUAACAGGGGUGGUCAUGGCAUCUGUCCAAAUGACCAGUUUCGUCGAACUCGUACAACGCUAGCAUGGUUUUCCAUACCUUACACGUGCGUCACCGGCCGGUAAUUGUUUAUUUUUCCAGUGUUUUCUACCGACUGCGUAUUCGGCUACCUGCGUGAUACUUAGUGGCAAACCCCUUGUCCACAUUGCCGUUCCAACUGGCUUGAUGCAUUGCAAGGCCAAUGUGACACCGUCCGUCACUCACAUGGACAACGGAUACUAAAGUCCGCGAUGGGACUUAACAUUUGAGUUUUUCUGGCGUGGAGAUAAUGAAGCGCGUGAGAUCCGAUAUCUCUGCGAUCAACUUGUGCGGAACGGCUAUCCGAAGGCGUUCAUAAGCCGAUGCUUACCUGUUUACCCCCCGGAAGACGCACCAAGAGGCAGCGUCUACGGUUGGCGUGCUCUGCCGUACAUCAAAGACGCGUCACAGACGAUCGAGCCCAUUGCUGUGGGACUAGGCGUCGGAGUUGAACACGCUCAAAACUACCAUGCGCAGACGGGACACGAAGAUCAAGGACCGAUUAAAUUCCAGUGAGCCGUCGGAUGUAGUGUAUCGCAUCCUGUGCCCAAACUGUCCAUUUAAUUACGCAGGCCGGACUGAACGCAUACUCCAAUCUCACAUACGCGAAAAUACGCUUUGUGCGACGGCGUGGCAGAUUAUCACAAACGGCUGCUCCCACCUACGUAAUGGGUCACGCAUCUCAUUUCGCAGCCACAAAGAUAGCUGCUCACACCAGAAACGAGAAAAGCCACGAACUGUUUGAGGUCUUGGCCUAAGAGGAGGACUUAGUCUAUCGAUGUAUCGACCUGCCACCGGCCUAUAGAACGCUGCGUAGUCACCUCCAGGCCGGUGUCACUGAUGUUUGAUCGGUUCAUACCCCCUAUAGCCGUUGCUUGUUAUGUUGCGCUUUUAUUUCUGCCGACGGACUUCUGUACCAGUUCGAAGGCUCAGGCAAAUAAAAAGACGGUCCCGGCUGUCGAACAGCUUUCUUCCCUACAAUGGAGAUGGUGUAACAGGAUUAAACUUACACGCUGGCACUGUUAAAUUGUCAUAAUAAAAUACGAAAGCCGGUCCUACAAGGGCUGUUCUCAAGUUCUAAUUUUCAGUGUUUACCUAUUAUAACUCGAACCCCAAAUGGGCUUCCUUGGUUCGCUGUUUCUGUGCCAAUUCUAACAGUUCAAAAAGAAUCCUUUUACUGUUUUUUUUUUCAGAACUUGGCCAAGUCAUUCAAGCCUGACAGAAUCGGAUUUCGGAAGUUUGCUCACUCGCUUCUUCAGGAUCUCGCAACGAUGGGGGAGGUGA